AAUUAUUUUGAUUAUAUAGCGGGGUUAAUAAGCAUAAACCGAAUAAAAACUCAAAUUCGUCCCAUUUACGAAGAACUCUCUCCGAGAUAACAGUGCAUGAGGUUGUUUUCAAAUAAUUAAUGCGCAUGUCCACAAAAUGUCAAGGCAAAACGUACACAGUUUUUGACAAGCAAGUCGAGCAAAUAAAUAAUGCUAAUUUCACUGCACAAAUUUACUUAAUUUUACCUUAAAUAAUAUGCUGGAAUCAAUAUUAGAAAGUCCAUUAUCAACACUCUACCAUGAGGAGUUGUACAUCAUACAAUGGGUGCAAAAAUUCUUUGCGCCUGUAGCCCCGGCACUGCUGCUACUCAGCGAGCAUUUGACGCCAGCAAAACUACUGGAUAUCUAUGUGCCGUUAAUAGGAGUGUUCAGCCAGCAGCUUAUGGUGCUGCUUGUAAGCGCGCUAGGUGUGAUGAAUGCUUUAUCCUCACUAAUCAAAUGGUCCGUGCCGGCGAAUCGUCCAUACUGGUGGCUGCGUGAAUAUAAUGUUAACACGACACUGCAGCAACAUCAAGGCACUUGUGAAACAACAGCCGCGUUUCCUUCGAGCCAUUUGGUGUCAAUCAGCACAACCGUUUAUUUGUUAGCUUUAACGAUACUGCCCGCUUGUUGGCAGCGUCUGCAGUUGCCUAAGCGACAUCUGCGCGCAUUUUGUAUGCUCGGGGUUAUACUAGCCGGCGCAGGCAUGUCUAUAAGUCGCAUUUAUUUGGCUGCACAAUUUCCACAUCAAUGCCUAUUGUCAUGCUUUUUGGCGUUAUUGACACUACGCACAUUCCAGAAAUACGCCAAAAGUUUAUAUUCACUUUGUCGCUUUAAGGCAGUCCUGAUACUUUGCUGCCUUAGUAUUUCCCCUGUGAUAAUUUAUUUUGGCAUGCUGCGUAUUGAUAUGGAUCCGCAUUGGUCGGUGCGCAUGGCUUUCAAGUGGUGUAUGGACCCAACACAAAUGCGCCAUGAGGAUAGUUCGAUUUUCGUGCUGGCACGCGAUUUUGGAUAUCUAACAGGUGUAGUGCUCUCAUUGCCACUCUAUAAAAGUUUCGAAAGCAAAAUCGUACUAGUCAAACGUCUUCCACUGCUAUUCGUACUGGAAAUGCUAAACUACUACGCGCGUCUGGAAACGCCGAAGAGUUACGGACGCGUCGCAUUUGUGGCCUAUGAAUUUGUACGGAAUGCUAUGCAUUCCUUUACGCUUUUGACAAUUUUGCCAAAGUUCACAACAUAAACAAUAAAGCGGUAUUAUGUAAAAUUAUUAUUUUGUAAAGAAGCGUAAUAAUUGUCCUAGAAAUAUAGCUUACAAUAAUAAUAAUAAUAAUAAAUUAUGUAGGAAAAAUAAAUACAUUGUCUUAGCCGCAAUAGUAGAAUACAUUCAAACAAAGGACAUACAUAUGUAUAUGUAUUGAUAAUAUAAUC